AAGGAAUGGAUUGUCCAAGUUUAUAUGAAAAUAAUGUAAAUCCAUGCUAGAAAAUUUUCCGAGCAAGCACGAACAUGGUUUCAUUGCUGUUCAUCAAUUUAAUUUCCCAUGGCAAGCUUGGCUGUUGAUCCAACGGCGGUGAAUGGAUUCUGCGUCCAAGCACUCCACCGUCCUAAACUGUCCAACUUUGUGGCAGCCGUCCACGUUUUCGUAAUCCCAGCACCCUUUCGGUUGCCUCCGAGCAUUCAAAAACUUGCCCAAAACGAACACUGAUUUCGAUAUUCACUCAAGUUUUUACCAAAGAAGCAACAAAAACAACAAUUUUUAUGAACCCCAGUGGAAAAUCUUCGGCUUUCAUCUCUGAAAUCCUCCAUCCCACCAUCCAAUCAAGCUGUCACUCGAAUGCUACCUCUGCAAAUUCGCUGUUUUUCUCCUUGAAGUUUGACCCAUAAACCCCCUUCCCUUCCUUUUCAAUUUGGGGGUUUUUGUGAGCUUCAUUUCUUCUUGUUUACCCGAUAAAAAAUGGCUUCCGUCUCAUUUUACCGCCCAAGCUUUGUGUUCUCUUCAUUUCCGAACCGUGUUCCGACCUCAAAUCCUCUAUUUCAUGGAGUCCAAUUCCGAGGUUUAUCCCACCAUAAGCCUUUCCUUCGUGGUUCCCUUCCGGUGGCGAGAUUUGGGUUUAAACCCGAGUUCUUGCCUGACCCGGAUCACGCCGAGGGCUUUGUUAGAGAGUUAUUCGGCAAAGCUGAGAGCGUUCUUUACACGAUUGCCGACGCCGCCGUGUCUGCUUCUCCGGAGAAUGUUACCACCGCCAAACAGACGGAGGAUUGGUUUACGGGGAUCACCAAUUAUAUGGAGAGCAUCCUUAAAAUUCUUAAGGAUGGCCUUUCUGCUGUACAUGUUCCUUAUGCCUAUGGUUUUGCCAUUAUACUCCUUACAGUUCUUGUUAAGGCUGCUACGUUUCCUUUGACGAAGAAGCAGGUAGAAUCUGCAAUGGCGAUGCGUUCUUUGCAACCGCAAGUGAAGGCUGUUCAGCAACGCUAUGCUGGGGAUCAGGAGAGGAUUCAAGUUGAGACCGCUCGACUGUACAAAUUAGCUGGCAUAAACCCACUGGCAGGAUGCCUACCCACAUUGGCAACAAUUCCUGUAUGGAUUGGACUAUACAGAGCUCUUUCAAAUGUGGCCAACGAGGGUCUCCUCACGGAAGGCUUUUUCUGGAUACCCUCUCUGGCUGGUCCAACCACAAUUGCUUCUCGACAAAAUGGGAGCGGUAUCUCUUGGCUCUUUCCAUUUGUUGAUGGCCAUCCACCACUUGGGUGGUCAGAUACUUUUGCGUAUCUUGUCCUGCCGGUGUUGCUGGUCGUCUCACAGUACAUCUCUGUUCAAAUUAUGCAAUCGUCGCAGAAUAAUGAUCCAAACAUGAAGAGUUCUCAAGCCAUAUCGAAGUUCCUACCGUUAAUGAUCGGAUAUUUUGCACUUUCGGUUCCUUCGGGUCUAAGCCUUUACUGGCUUACCAAUAACAUCUUGAGCACAGCUCAGCAAGCAUGGCUUCAAAAGUUAGGUGGUGCGAAAACCCCGGACAAACAAUUGAUGGAUGAAAUCAUGAAACAAGAACAACCCCAAAUCCAGAGCCAAGCGCCCAAGUUAGACGCAACCUCGAGUAGCACGGUAGCUCGACAAGAAGAGAAGCUGACAGCAGAAGGGCUAAAACCUGGUGAAAGAUUUAAACAGAUAAAGGAGCAAGAGGCUAGGUUGAGACAGCAAAGUGAAGAAGAAAAAAGGAAAGCUGAAGACCAAGGCUCCAUAUCUAUGUCUACCAUGCAACGAACAGAUGUGGAAAACAAGCCAAGUGCAACUCCAGGGGAGGGAGUACACGAGACAUACACUGGAGUGGCCAAGGAUGCCAAACUAAAGGGAGAAGAACAAAGAGAGUAACUGGUUGACGCAAGAUAGAGAUAGAGAUAGUGUUUUGAUUAUAGAAGCCAGUAGGUUAGUUCACAUGGUUGAUAUGGCAGGAAAGGCAAUUGUUUCGAUCAGCUCGAUACCGUGAAGAAAACUCCAUCUCCAUCGGAGGUGGUAUUCGAGCUUCUUUUUCCCGAUGGGCAGUUGAGUUUCAGAGUUUACUCGUCCAUCAUAGAUUUGGAUUGGGAAUGAUAUGGAAUGUAAUUUGAAAUCUGUACAAACACAGAUGAGUACUUUCUUUUCACGUGGGUUUGAUUAGAAUGAUGGGUAAUAAUGAAUGGAGCUUUUUUGAAGUU